GUUACAGUUCACUGCUAGUUGGUCACUUGUAGUUCGCGUUUUGAUUCUUCCCCUCUCGCGGGCUUUACAAAAGGAAUCCGUUAUUGAUGGAAACGUGAAUCCUGUGACAUAAAAUCAACCAGGAUCUGAACCAAUGAUGCUGGGUUCACCCACGUCUCCAAAGCCAGGAGUUAAUGCCCAAUUCUUACCUGGAUUUUUAAUGGGAGAUUUGCCAGCUCCAGUGACUCCACAGUCUCGAUCAAUUAGUGGACCCUCAGUAGGAAUAAUGGAAAUGAGGUCACCUUUACUUGCUGGUGGAUCACCACCACAACCAGUUGUACCAGCUCAUAAGGAUAAAAGUGGAGCUCCACCUGUUAGAAGUAUAUAUGAUGACAUUUCUAGCCCAGGACUUGGAUCAACACCUUUAACUUCAAGAAGACAGAUGAACAUUUCAGUAAUGCAGAGUCCUCUGGUUGGAGUUACAACUACUACCCCUGGAACAGGGCAAAGUAUGUUUAGUCCAGCAAAUAUUGGUCAACCACGGAAGACAACACUAUCCCCUGCCCAGCUGGAUCCUUUUUAUACUCAAGGAGAUUCUCUGACUUCAGAAGAUCACCUCGAUGACACUUGGGUGACUGUGUUUGGGUUUCCGCAAGCAUCUGCUUCCUAUAUAUUACUACAGUUUGCACAGUAUGGAAAUAUCUUAAAACACGUGAUGUCUAAUACAGGAAAUUGGAUGCAUAUUCGUUAUCAAUCUAAACUGCAGGCUCGGAAAGCCUUAAGCAAAGAUGGGAGAAUAUUUGGAGAAUCCAUCAUGAUUGGUGUAAAACCAUGUAUAGAUAAAAGUGUUAUGGAAAACAGUGACCGAUGUGCUUUGUCAUCUCCAUCUCUAGCCUUUACACCACCAAUCAAAACCUUAGGUACACCAUCACAACCGGGAAGCACUCCUAGAAUUUCUACUAUGAGACCUCUUGCUACAGCAUACAAAGCUUCUACUAGUGACUAUCAGGUUAUUUCUGACAGACAAACGCCAAAAAAAGAUGAAAGUCUUGUAUCCAAAGCAAUGGAGUACAUGUUCGGCUGGUAGUACAAUAAGAGCUAAGAACUCAAUUACCAAUGAGGUUGCUACACUGAAACCAGAAUUAGCAAAGUACUGCCAGUUUCCUUUGGUUAGUUGUAUAACCACACUUGGCAGUGUUGGAUACCCAUCUUACACUUCGUUUAGAAGCCUUUUUCUUUGAGGAUACAUCCUGUUUGUAGCUCGCACUUUAAAAGAUGCUUGAGAUACAUUUUGAAGAAAACUAAAGAUCUCUGUAGAUAGAUUUUUUGUGCUUUCUGUGAUAGUGCAUGCUUAAACACAAAAUUCUCAGCAUUGAUUAUAAUUAAAUAAUUGAAUUUGUGGCAAGGCUUUGUAGUCUUCAUGAGAAGGUGGGUGAAUUUCUUGAAGGAGAACUACAGCUGCUUCUACCAAGACACAAAGAUUAUACUUAACAAUUUGAAUUAUGGUUUUUAAUUUAGAUAUUAUUUAAUAUUUUAAUUGUGUAUGUCUUGUCAUGGAUUGUCAUCUUUAAGUAUUCAAAAAUCCAAACAUUCUUUUAAAAAAACCUACUACUAAAAUUUCUUGAUAAUAAAAUUUGUCAAUUAA